CUCACACUCAGUACCAGGAGUAGCUCACACACUCAAUACCGGGAGUAGCUCACACUCAGUACCGGAAGUAGCUCACACUCAGUAUUGGGAGUUCGGUAUCGUACCAGGAGUAGCUCACGCUCAGUAUUGGGAGUUUGGUAUCGGUGAGUAG